AGUGAUAUUUGUACAAUUCGGUUCUGCAUUAGCCAGAAUUGUGCUACCGUGUUUUAUAUUCGGAUGAGCUAAUCGUUUAUGGAAAGGCAACACAUGUAUUUACUGGUUGUCAUGCGGGCAGCACCUACUGUUGCAUUCGCUUUUGUUACGUUUAUGCAUAGCUAUGACUCAGCCCCACCGUGAAAGGGUACAUAUGUCACGGAGCGCGUAUUUAGCCGUAGUAAGAACGAAUCCUGAUAAAACAUUAAAAUGAGCACGCGCCCUUGUUUCCCGUUUAUCGUCUCCCCGAUUGAAACAUUAAUUAUAUUGCCAUUUGCUUGUGCUGUCUUGCAUCACGCGAGGCUCGCGCUUUGCCACGUUACGCUACGUUAAGCUUUUUUCCGCGAGACGGCGGAAUCUGCUCUUUCCGAUCGAAUGUCUGUUUACGUCACGGUGCCCCUUCGUUUAAGAUAUUUAGUCAAAACAUAAUGACCGCUUAAUUGAACAAAGGGGUCAUCUAAUGACCCCGUAGUAACUGGCGCAGACAUUUCACAUAUUUGUAUUAUAGAAUAAAACAAAGAGAAGCGAUGAAGUGUCAAGUUCCGUAGUGAUCGAUGGUUGUGGGUGAUGGUUGCGCUCCUCCUGCCGUGAGGGUUAAUGUUUGCAUUCCGACGACACCCAUCGCAAACCUGAUAUCUCUGGGUUCAAGGUUCAGUGUUUCAGCGCUGCCAACUCUAAGGCAUCUGGCGUGACACUCGGGCUUUCAGACUCUAACGUAAGAAGUCUUAUGGAAAAUGUCUGUUAUUCCAUUAUAAACGUAAUAUUUACUUCAUCAAAAGCUUUGGAGUAGUAUGCAAGCCCUACAGACUAUUUACGAGGUAAUAAAACUGUUACAUACAUAUAAAUGCCUGUGAAGACUUGUCUCGAAUUGAAAAUCUCACGCCAGCCAGCAGAUCAAAGUUGGCAGCCCUGUUGGUUUGCCUUUUGGGCGAGCAGGCUUGAUGUCAGUCAUGUUAAGUUGAAGCAGAGGGAGCCAGUGUUGACCAUGCUAAAGCGACUGGACAAAAUAAGGUUCAGAGGUCAUAAGCGAGAUGAAUUCCUGGAUCUGGCCGAGUCUCCCAACGCGUCCGACAGCGAAUGUAACGAUGACACCCAGAUGAGACCUCGGCCCUCUGCCAGAGACGCCGAAGAGCAGCGAGACCCUGCUGGCUCAGGGGUCGCUACGGCGGGCGGCAUGCAGGACUUCCACCGAUCCGAGUCCGACCGGCUCAACGAGGUGAAGGGCCACUUGGAGAUCGCUUUGCUGGAGAAGCACUUCCUGCAGGAGGAGCUCAGAAAGGUCCGCGAAGAGACCAGCGUGGAGACGCUAAAACAAGAGCUGGAGAAGGAGCGGACGAAGCGACUGGACCUCGAGCAGAAGAUGAACGAGGUCCUUAAGUCCAGAGUCGAGGACUCGCCGCCACAGCCUCCACGGAAACCGGUGUCACCUGCCACCAACGGGACGGCUUCUGCCAGGGGCGGUUUGAAGGCCGUCUGCAGCACGUUUUCAUGGCAACAGCAUGUUCAUGAUAGCCAAUCCUACAGCAAGUGCGGAGAAUUAAAGAAAGACAAACAAGGCCGCGAGCUGUACUCACGACUCUACCAGUGGCUGUAUGACAAGCUGGCCAUCUACAUAGAGGACUUCCGCUUCCAGCCGGAGGAGAACACUGUGGAAACAGAAGAACCGCUAAGCGCUAAGAGGUUGACUGAAAACAUGAGAAGACUCAAGCGCGGUGCCAGGCCGGUCACUAGUUUCCUAAGGAACCUGUCUGCCUUAUCGAACUGGCACUCCGUCUACACGUCGGCGAUCGCCUUCAUCAUGUACAUGAAUGCUGCCUGGCAUGGAUGGGUCAUCCCCAUGUUCCUGUUCCUAGCUAUCUUGAGGUUGUCCUUAAACUACCUCAUCGCAAGAGGCUGGAGGAUCCAGUGGAGUAUCGUGCCUGAAAUCUCAGAACCGGAGGAACCUACGAAGGAGGACCUGACAGUGUCUGAGAAAUUCCAGUUGGUGCUUGACGUUGCCCAAAAAGCACAGAACCUCUUUGGCAAGAUGGCGGGCAUCUUGGAGAAGAUAAAGAAUCUCUUCAUGUGGGUGCAACCUGAAAUGACUCGGAAGCUCUACAUCGCUCUCUGGGUGGCCUUCAUCUCCUCCUGUGUGCUGCCUUUCAAGCUGCUGGGCUUCAUAAUUGCACUGUACGCCGGCAUCAAGUUCUUCAUCAUCGACUUCUUCUUCAAGAGCUGCCCCAAACUGAGGGACAAGUACGACACGCCGUACAUCAUCUGGACCAGCCUGCUCACCGAGCCGCAGCUAAAGGAGCGUGCCAGUGCCGCCAUGUCCCGGCGGAUCCAGCCUGUGGUGUCUCGCAGCAAUCAGGUGACCAACCCCCAGUAUGGUAUCGCUCGUGAUGAAGAGGGCGGACGAGCCCAUAGCACUAAAAAGGGGCCCUUUCACGAGAUCUUCAACCUGCCAGAGAAUGAGCGCCCCCUACCAGUGUGUGAGAACGGCUGGCGUUGCUGUUUGAUUAACAGAGACCGCAAGAUCCCCACAGACUACAUCCGCAAUGGGCUCCUCUAUGUCACAGAGAACUACAUGUGUUUCGAGAGCUCCAGCUCACGGUCCAGCUCUUCCAAGAAGAAUAAAGUCAUCAAACUCUCCGACAUCACAGAUAUACAGAAGUAUAAAGUCCUCUCCGUGCUCCCUGGCUCUGGGAUGGGAAUAUCGAUUGCCACUCCCUCCACUCAAAAGCCCCUGGUGUUUGGAGCCAUGGCUCACAGAGACGAAGCCUUUGAAGCAAUCUUCACGCAGUACAUGAAAAUCAUCACUGCCAGCAACCCUGAGACCUAGGGGCUACGGCAGCGGUGUGCCUGAAUACCUGACAUCUCCUCUGUACCAUCUCGGCACAGGAGAAUGGAUGGUGUAUAUAGGCAAGGGCGGGACAUACACCUUUGUCUCGCUCACCGUGAUUGGUCAGGGGUGUUAGGCCACACCCUGCUCCCUUGGUAGUGAUCAGUAGAGACGGUGCCUUCUGUUCACUGGAGUUUUGUGAUGGGAGGGGCUGGAUCUCCUCCCCAGGCACUGUCACAAUCCCCCUCCUGGUGUGUUUUGGUUAGUGUGGGAAAUGUGUGUCCGUUUUACAGGGCUGAGCGAAAUCCAAUCCACCCUCCACAGGUUACAUUCUGGCCAUGUCCAUCCCAUAAUGUGAGGUCCCUGCGGUCUGAACCAAACAACGGCCCCUAGACAGUGCUGCGGGGACCGGGUGGGGGGGAACGGGGCAUGGAAGCCAGCCUCCAAACGUCCUCACAAAGUACAGCUCCUCUAAUUUCCGUCCUGUUUGUAAUUACCCCUGCGUACCUCCCCCAUCCCCAAUGAUCCGCCAUCAAUAGAAUGUUUGGUGUAAAAGCACAGAGUCUACAACGUGUCAGGGGCCGUUCCCUGCAUGGCGUGUAACUGCAAAGAUCGGAACCUGUACGUAAUCAGAGGUGAAUUACCUGACAAUCGAUUCUUAACCUGAUAACUUUGGCUUCUGUUAAUUUCAUUGAUUAGCUGUUAAAUUUAUUCACCUAGCAGGUAAUUUGAGCUGGUCGGCGGGCAUUUGGCGAAUUGGGCUCAUGUGUUUGUUACCAAAACCCUUCAAGUGAUAUUUUCCCGUGGAUGAUAUUUGGAAGCGUCUUAGCAUUGCAGGGUAAAAAGGCCGCAGUGAGGGUCUAGGCAGAACAGAGCUGUCCCUGUUAGCGAGUGACAAUAGCGGGAAAAAGCCAUUGGAUCACUGGAUCUUGCAGUGUUAGUUGGGGUGGUCCUUCUUGGCCCACGCUGAGGGACACUGUAAACGCAAACAGCGAGUCCUUCAUUUCCCCUUCGGAGGGAGGUCGCGCUACGUUCUGCGAUUCCCAUUCUCUGUGAAAGCUGGACUUUUUCUUAACAGAAAAGGUUUUCAAACGGAAAAAACACUCAAUGCCAAACCAUCCCUCGACUGACAAUCUUAAAUGGUAGCACGGUAACAUCGUACCAGAUGCUCCUUUGUUUACCCACACUUUGCUUUGUGAUAUCGGCUGAUGGCUGUCCAGGCCAAGUGGAGCGUGUGUCGGUAUCUGAUGCGAUGUAAUCGCCCAGCCUUCGUGAGCGAAAUCUGCCCUAAGCUCCUGCACGGCUCAGCCGUGUUGGUGUAAUGCCUCAGAAGCCAGUACAAGCUUCUCGCCAUGAAGGAUUUUAAAUACCCAUUUUUCUAAAAAUAGCCAGAGAUGGGGUUUUUUAUUAAAAUGUGCAUCAGGAUAAAGCUUGCACUCUAGAUUAAGAAACAAAUCACACCUUGAAGGAACAUUUGUGUGCGUGUUUGUGUAUAUAUACAUAUUUUUUCCCCUGAGGUCUGUUAAGUGAUCCCACUAACUGAAAUCAUUUCUGGCUUCUGUGUAGAAACCAUUACAGUAAAAGCCCAGGCUUAUGACGUAAAACAUAGUUUUGCCAAACACCAGACUUAUUUCAUUGUUAGUCAUGUUGUGCCUGAUCUGUCGUCCUUUCAGAGGGUUGUCUUUGGCUCUCCAUUGGUUAGUUUUGGCAGCUGAAAUCCAGGUGAACAGGAAAUGAAGACUGUGAAGAAUACCUUCUGGAAUGAACACUGUCACGGUGGUGAUUGGCCUGUGUGGUCACAUGACAAUCUCUGCACCCUCGUCCCAUUUGCUGCUGAUACUCCUAGGCUUCCUGUGCGCUUGAUCUGCCUACUCUGUUUUUUCUGCUGCAGCCUUGUGUGUUGCCCCUAGCUGUGAUCUUUGGAUGAAUCCAAAUGGAGCUUGGAUGGCAGUGUAACCCUCAUGCACGGAAUUAGCCCGCAGGAACCAAAAGCACUCCAUUGAGUUUUAUAACUACAGAACAAACAGGCCAUAAUUUACCGUUUUCUGGGCUGCUGAUUAACCGUGACCAGGGCUGGAUGAAUGGUUACCGGCGACCCAGAACUCGUCUCCGUGUGGGUUGGCAGUGCUGGACUCGGCCAUCUCAGCACCUUGCUUUCAUGGUUUUCGCUUCAUAGGCUUCAGGAACCCCCCCCACCCCAGCAACUCCCAUAAACGCCUCGGUCAGCGAUGUACACACUAGUAAUCUCAGUUCUUGAUGAAUUAAGAAUCAGUGCUGCCUGGUUAUACUCCAGUUAAAUAGGUUAAUUGCAAGUUAAAUGCAGAACACAACUUUGUUACACAGUAAUAAGAACAGUAAGGUACUGUAAUGAAGAAUAAUUAAGCUAUAUGCUACUCAAAUGGCAGUUUGCCCUGUAAGCACUUCUGUAAAAUGCUCAGUCUUCAAAUUGUUUCGAUACAAUGUAGAAAACAUCGUUCAUGUUCUGCCUGCCUGAUAUGGCGACCCUGGAAACCGUUUCCAAGAGCAAAAACUAUUCAUCCUAUUCCUAGUGAGCAGAGAUUGUCACACCCACACAGAACGACACCCUUAACUGCUUAACACCCUUUCUGCUGUAAACGAAGUAUUUUUACUGUGAGUAAAUUUGUCCUCUGUUUAAAGAUAUUAUUUUAUUAAAUGCCCAAUAUGUAUAUACAUGCACAGGAUAGAACUUGAAAAGUUGUGAAUAGUACUUUAUAUUUUGUUGUGAAAGCUGGAAAACAAGAACAGGAGUUUUAUAAAAGCUGUACACCAACAAAAACAAAGACCUCUGUACUGUUUUU